GGUACUUUCGGAGUUCGGUGUUCGCGACUGUCACGGGGUGUUUUUAUUACUGAAUUUCUCGCGAAAAUCUCGUGGAAAAUCGCAAAAUUUCCACUCUAGUUUGUAAAGUAUACCCCAAAUUUCCUACUAAUCAUCAAUUCCAUGCACAAGACUGCCUAGGUGUAGUGAAAAAGUGUCUGAGAAAAGUUGGACAGCAGAACGUCUUGUAAUGUCCUGCGUGAAUUAAUAUGGCCGCGUUGUUUACAAGAGCUAUUUUUGCUCAUGUUAAUUAAUUGCAUUUAUUGGAUUAAUUGUUUGUGAUGUAAACAAAUUGUGACCAAAUACCACGUGCAUAUUGUUUGAGGCACAAAGUGGAGGUGUUCCAGUUGGAUUUUGGUGCUGAUUCACGGGUAUUUUUGGAGGCGAAUCCAGAGGAAAAUUCCGUAAAAUACAAUGGAGCUGUCAAAGAAUCCAAUCGAUGGCGGAAACAAAGAGCUCCUGAAUUGUUUGUAAAUCUUCCGGUUACUUCAUUUUGCACCAUCAUCCCGAGAUUCAAAGUCUAGUGCCACGAAUUCAAAGCUGGUUUCCCAUACAAGUAACCAAGAAAAAUCCCUCACGAAGCACAGGAAGUGCUACAAUUCCAACAUUUUCCGGAUGUGAAUAGAUGAGAAAGAUAUUAUUGCCACAUUUGCAGUGCAGAUAGCCUCGGGAAUCGAUUGUGUUAGAUCAGAAUGAUGUCCGUCCUGCAACAAUUUAUCACAGUGACUUUCUGGUCAGUCUUUGUACUCAUCCCAUACGUCAAAUCCCAGCUCUUGUCCCAGGAUAUUGCUGCCCAAUACACCCUCCCACCGAAUGCCAGCUACUUCACGCACUUGUCCUAUGACAGACGAAGAUCUGUGCUCUAUGCCGGAGCCACCAAUCGUAUCUUUCAGUUCAACAAAAACCUAGGGCUCUUGGGGGAGUCAUUGACGGGACCCAAACUUGACAGUCCACAAUGUCACACUGGAGGCUGCCCAGACGAUGUCGAGACUAUGGAGACGAACAAUCACAAUAAGAUACUCAUUGUCAAUGAAGGAGGGGACUCCCUGAUAGCUUGCGGGAGUGUUCGUCAGGGAGCUUGUGAGAUUUACGAUCUGAACAAAUUUCCCGGCUCCAGGGAAGAUAUAGAAAUUCCUCUGGCUGCUAAUGAGGAGUACGCAUCCACUUUUGCCUUCAUAGGCCCAUCGAGGUACACAUCGUGGAAGAAGGAGGACAUUUUGUACGUGGGCACAACAUUUACUAACGUCGGGGACUACCGUCACGAUGUCCCAGCCAUUUCAUCGCGCAAACUCAAUGAUCUCAACUAUGCUGAAUUCAGUAUUCAGCAAUCAAAUAUAAAUAUCGAUGUUAAAUACAGGGAUCACUUUCUCGUAAAUUACGUCUACGGAUUCAAUUCUUCAGACUAUGCCUACUUUGCUGUGGUGCAGAAGAAGAGCCAUUUGGCCGAAGAGAAUGGUUUCAUCACGCGUCUAGCACGCAUUUGCGUCAAUGAUCCCAACUAUGACAGUUAUACGGAAGUUUCGAUUCUAUGUCGCGUAGACGAUGUCAAUUACAAUAUCUUGCGAGAUGCGAAGGUGACACAAGCGGGUCAGAGAUUGGCUCAAGAGAUGGGAAUCAAGAAAGAUGAUAGUGUACUAGUGGCGGUCUUUUCGCCGUCGAGAGAGAUCACGAAUGAGCCUCAGGAUAAUUCAGCUAUGUGUAUUUAUAGUUUGAAGGAAAUUGAGGAGAUGUUUACAGAAAAUAUUCAUAUGUGCUUCAAUGGGACGCUGAAAGAUCGCAAUUUGGGAUAUAUUUCGGGUACGAUUAAUGAUGGAAAGUGUCCGAUGGUGGGUUCCAUUGGGAAUGUUCAUGAUUUCUGUUCUGUUGGAUUGAAAAUUAGUGGUGUGGCACCCAUUAUGGCAAGGGCUGUUUUUCAAUUUCCCAAUGAGUCUAUCACAUCGAUUACGACGGCAAUUACAGGACCCCAUACGGUGGCCUUUCUGGGUACACAGGAUGGGUUUAUCAAGAAAGUUUGGCUGUCGGGACCGGUUGCGGGGCAGUAUGAGAAAAUUGAGGUGGAUCAGGGUAGUAAAAUUCUACCGGAUACAAUGGUAUCACCUCGGCAUGAUUUUCUCUAUGUUUUGUCGUUGAAAAAGAUCACAAAACUUAGGGUGGAACACUGUGGCAUUUAUACAGAUUGUUCAAAGUGUCUGGAAUCUCGGGAUCCAUUCUGUGGAUGGUGUUCAUUGGAGAAGAGAUGCACUGUUAGGAGUGCAUGUCAGAAGGAUACGUCGGCAUCUCGUUGGCUAGCACUGGGAAAUGGUCAACAGUGUAUAGAUUUUGAAAUGGUGCAACCUGAAAAGAUUCCUAUUGAUGAAAUGACAACAGUUCAUCUUACAAUACGAACACUACCGGAACUACCGUUUAAUGCUAAGUACAAGUGUGUCUUUGGAAAUUCUACUCCAAUUGAUGCUAUUGUUACUGAAAGUGGACUAAAAUGUCAAACUCCGCCGUAUAAAUAUCGACCACAAAUUGAGGCACGCGAAGAUCAUGUCUUAGUACCGCUAAGUGUGAGAUCGUCAGAGACUAACAAGGAUUUUGUUUCGAGGAAUUUUGCUUUCUUCGAUUGUUCGAGGCAUGAAACGUGCAGGGGCUGCGUAAAGAGUGAAUGGGGCUGCAAUUGGUGCAUCUAUGACAAUGUAUGUGUUCACAAUGCUACAACUUGUCGAACAGCCAUUACAAAUGCCGUGAUAAAGCAUGAACUGGCAUGUCCACGACUCAGGCAAAGGCCGAAAAAUGAAACUAUCUAUCUUCCUAUUCGUGUUGCCAAGGAAAUUCGGCUGGAAGUGGAGAAUCUUCCACGUCCUCAGAGUGGUCAUGUGGGUUUCACGUGUACUGUGACAAUUGAAGGAGCUAAUAUGGGAUUGCCAGCACGUGUUGAAGCCAAUAAGUAUAUUGUAUGUGAGAAAACUGUAUAUUCGUACGAAGCUAAGACGAACGAAUAUGUUGCAACGGUUGAGGUAAAGUGGAACCGUGUUCAUCAUAUCGAUACAACUAAGGUCAUCCUGUACAAAUGCGACGUCUUGGGAUCUCAUCGGGAACAUGCUGAUUGUAGUCUCUGCGUCACACGUAAUCCCAAGUAUCAGUGUGCAUGGUGUGGAAACAAUUGUGUCUACAAUGAAACCUGUGAAUGGGGUCAAUCAACAACGGAAUGUCCAAAGCCUAGGAUUGACAUAAUCAAGCCUCUAAGUGGUCCAAUAGAGGGUGGAACGUUAAUAACAAUCGAAGGAAGUAACUUGGGUGUUAGACGGGAGGAUGUAAUGGAUAAAAUCAGGAUUGGUGAUGUACCCUGUGAAUUGGUAAACUAUGAAAUUUCAGUGAAGAUUGAAUGUCGAACAGGAAGUGUGGGCUAUGAAUUGACAGCUCCUGUUAAAGUUGGCAAUGAUGCUGGGUAUACAGAAUCGAGUGUUCAGUAUCACUACAAAGACAUUCAAUUACUUGGCCUAACGCCAACAAUUGGUCCCCAAAGUGGAGGAACAAAACUCUCCAUUAUUGGAAAGUAUCUCAAUGUUGGUUCCAGCAUAAUGGCCUACUUAGAUGACUAUGUGUGUGAAAUUAACAUUACUCAAGCUUCUUCGAGCCGCUUAACGUGUAUUACAUCUGCUGCACGGGGACAAGAUCACAUUAAGACCCUAACACUCGUAAUUGACGGUGCAAAUCGCACUCUAGCCUGUCGAUCCAAUCGUAAUAACUACGAUGAAGUAUGUAGUGUAUUCAAUUAUACCCAAGAUCCACGUAUAAUGCAAAUCAAACCACUGAAGAGUUUUGUAAGUGGAGGAAGAAUGGUGACAGUUCAUGGGACAAAUCUCGAUGCCAUACAGAAGCCUGAGAUUGAGGUAUAUGCAAAUGAUGAGAAAGUGAAUAAGUCAACGUGCUUUGUGAUAACGUCACAUCAAAUGGAAUGUCCAUCGCCGGCAGUUAAUGCUAAAUUUAGUUCACUGAAAAUGAGUGUGACAACGUCAAAUGGGACUAAGCGUCACAAGAGAAGUAAUACAGAGUCCCUGUUUACAACUGUCGGCUACUAUUCGUCCUCUGUGGUUCCGGGAAGUGGAGGUGAUAUUGCAGCAGCUCUCAAACGAGAAACUCAACUUAGUCUGCAAAUUCGCUUUGUGAUGGAUAAUGUGCAAUCGGUGAAAGAUCUCAAUAAACACUUUCCCAGUUUGAGGAGUACGUUGGUGUAUGUUGAAGAUCCAAAAUUUCACACUUUUCCAGCGAAUGGAGUAAAGUUGUACAAGGGUGAGAGUUUGGUGAUUGAAGGAGAUAAUCUCAAUAUUGCAAGUGAUGAAUCUGAUGUGAAUGUUACAAUUGGAACUAUGCAGUGCAAUGUAACGAGUUUAGCACUAACACAACUUGUGUGUAUUCCGCCUGAACAACAACCAGGAGGAACUGAUGAGAAUGGUAUUGAAACGAGUAAUGAUUUACCGUUGGUUGUCGUAAGAGUUGGUAGAAGUUUGAGAUUUCCAAUUGGACAUCUCAAGUAUGAUCUCAUGAAGCCCUAUGUACUGUCAACAGCUAUGAUUGUUAUAACGAUAACUAUUUUAAUAAUCGUCGUUUUGCUGAUUGUGGUGCUGAUUGUAUACAGGAGAAAGAGUACACAGGCUGAGAGAGAGUACAAGAGGAUUCAGAUACAGAUGGAUACGUUGGAGAGUAAUGUGAGAAUGGAGUGUAAGCAGGCCUUUGCUGAACUACAGACUGAUAUGACAGAUAUAACGGCAGAUUUGGAAAAUACGGGGAUACCUACACUCGAUCAUGUCAAUUAUAUCAUGAAGGUCUUUUUUCCUGGUGUUUCGGACCAUCCGAUUUUAAAUGCACCUAAGGUUAGGAUGAAUACACCUCAUACAAAUUACGAUGCGGCUAUGUUGCAAUUUGAGCAACUGAUCAACAACAAAUACUUCCUUUUGAUGUUCAUUGAAACACUAGAAUCUCAGAAAUCCUUCAAUAUUCGCGAUAAAGUGAAUGUAGCAUCGCUUCUAAUGAUUGUUCUGAUGAACAAAAUGCCAUACGCUACGGACAUUCUUAAAUGUCUUCUUCUGAGACUUAUUGAUAAGUCAGUGACGUCUAAGCAUCCACAAUUAAUGCUAAGGAGAACAGAUAGUGUAGUUGAGAAGAUGUUGACGAAUUAUAUGGCACUCUGUAUGUAUGACUAUCUAAAAGAGUAUGCUGGUUCAUCACUCUUUCUCCUCUAUAAAGCCAUUAAGCAUCAAAUUGAAAAGGGUUUGGUGGAUGCAAUAACGCAUGAUGCAAGGUAUUCGUUGUCUGAGGAGAAACUUCUUAGAGAACAAAUUGAGCAUCAUGUAGUUACAUUGCAUAUUGUUCAGGAUGAUUUGGAUGAGAAGGUGCACUGCAAAGUGCUAGAUUGUGACACAAUCACUCAAGUAAAGUCCAAAAUUCUCGAUGCACUCUUCAAGAAUACGGCGUAUUCAAUGAGACCGUCAGUGCAUGAAAUUGAUCUGGAGUGGCGUCAUGGACGAGGAGGUCACUUGACACUACAAGAUGAAGAUCUAACAACAAAGACACACAAUGGCUGGAAGAGGCUCAAUACAUUGGCUCACUAUGGGGUGAAAGAGAGUGCUGUGAUGUCUUUAAUUGCUCGUCAGAAUGAAAAUUACAACAAGCAGCAGCCUUACUUAAAUUGUUUCUACAUCAACAAUACCCAAUCUCAUAUUAUAAUCAAUGCUGACAUUGAUUCAGAACUUCAUCCGCCGAGGGUUUAUCAUUUAGUGAAGCCAUUGAUGAAUGAUCAUCAGUUAAAUGUUAAAAAUGCUCAUAUGUCAACACUUGAGAGGACACAUAAAGCCAUUCCAGAGAUCUUCUUAACGAGACUUCUGGCUACCAAGGGAACCAUUCAGAAAUUUGUUGAUGACUUCUUUGCCACCAUUUUGACAGUUAAUGAAGAAUUGCCACCAGCUGUCAAAUGGCUCUUCGAUCUCCUGGAUGAAGCUGCCCGGAGGCAUGGGAUAUCAGAUCCUGAAGUUGUACACGCAUGGAAAUCAAAUUCACUGCCAUUGCGUUUUUGGGUGAACUUUAUCAAAAAUCCCGAUUUUAUUUUUGACAUCGAUAAAACACCAACAGUUGAUGCCAGUCUCAGUGUUAUCGCUCAAACUUUCAUGGAUGCCUGUUCAACGGCUGAACAUCGUUUGGGCAAGGAUUCCCCAUCAAAUAAACUCCUUUUCGCUAAAGACAUCCCGCAGUAUCGUGAGAUGGUUAAAGUGUUCUACCGCGAAGUUGGACGAUUGCCACAGAUUAGUGAUCAAGAGAUGGGCACAGCGAUGCAGGAAUUGUCGGUUCAGCAAAAUGACGAAUUUGACACAAUAGCUGCUCUUAAGGAACUCUACAUCUACGUGACGAAGUAUCGUGAUCAGAUACUGGACACACUCGAUAUGGAUCCAUAUUGCAAGAAGAUGCACUUGGCUCAUAAACUAGAAAAUGUCGCCUGCACACUCGAGGCUGGACUAUCGAGUCUCCCGAGGCCACAUUAACGUUCAGUUGGAAGUCUUCCGCGAAUUGAUCUCAAUCGAAUGAGACAAUUGGGCAGCAUAAAUUGCAGAAAGUACGCCACACUGAAAAAUUCAAUGGUUACAAUGGGGCAGUGCAACGAUUCCGGUGAAGCAUCUACAUCUCGAAGAUGACAACAGAGUGACUUUGAGUAGUGAGGAAAAAGCCAGAAGGUAUUUUACAAUUUAUAUUUAAAAAAAAGUAAAAGAAAAAAAACAACAGAAACAGAGAAGAGGAAAAUGUUCAAAUCACAUUCUUUGAUUUGAAUAUCAUUACGAUUUGAUGGUUUUGAAGUGUUUUUAUCCUCAAAACUGAUUGACUGGAGGAAGGCAGGUGAAGAAGGUAAGAAAACAACAAAACAGAUACAUUAAGAAAAUAUCUCAUUUACAAUUACAAUCAACUAUGAAUAGUUAACAUUGAUAUAUGUAUAUUAUAUUAGUAUUUCAACAAAUGAGAAGAUUACUUUUUAAGGAAUGAUAUGACGCAUUUUCGUUGCCACAAAGUGAAUGAGACAACUCAGUACUUAAUGAUAAAAUGUGUAGAAAGAUGCAUUUAAUCACAAAAUUGAUUGUAAUAAUUGUGUAUAAAUAAGGUAUUUGAAUUGCUUUUAAGUGCUUUGCGCAUAGAGAGUGUAUGAUAAACAAUUCCUUCCGAGACACAACGGAAAAAAAAUAUAAUAGCUAUGAGACACCAGACUCUGACUAAAAUCAUGUCAAGACUGAUUAUUUCCAUCGUAAAUUCCUCCACUUAUUUUUUUUUUAAAUAAAUAUCUUACGCCCAGUGACACUCAACAACUGCCCUAAAUUUUUGUGCUCUCUAUAUUUACCUUAUAUUGCUGUGCAUUUAAUAUUUUUAGAGCUAAAGCAUAAGAUAUGAUUUUUAUCUCGUCCUAUUUUACUAUUUAGGGUUAUUAUUUAACUUUAUGUGCACAUUUUAUUGUGCAAAAAGGAAAACGACAUACAAAAAAAAAAAAACAGAAUGGGUAAAGAACUGCUAGCGUCCAUAGAAAGUGAAAAUCGUAAUGGUAUUUCUAAAUCAGAUUAUAUGUGACAUGGAUUUUGCCACAAAUUUAAACAAAAAAAAGGACACAAAAUGAGGAUGAGAUUCAGUAAGAAAAAAAAAAUCAUAAAUUCACUGAGGAUAAAAUUUGAUGUAGAGUUGACUAAGAAGAAAAAAUUAAAGGGAAAAAUACAGAUGAAAUUAUUAUAAGAAGAUAAAUAUAAAAAAAAAUCAUUACUAUACAUUCCUAGUCGCAAUAUUUAUAAGGCAAAAAAAAAAAUGAAAAUAUAUAUUAAAUGUGA